AUGACGGAGGUAAAGACGGCAUCAGGGACCAACGGCACGGCACCGGCUGCAGCCCAUAGCAACGGUCGUAGUCGUGACACAAAACAUGAAGAUACAAGAAGACGACGUGUAGCACCUGGUGCUAAUGCCACACCAGAAGAACGUGCACGCUACGAGUUAGAACGCAAGAAAGUCGCCAAGUAUAAAGAGGACAAACUGAAGGCACGCCGAGAUCAUACACGUAUGAUCUUGGAAAGCCAUGCACAGGCAAAACGCCGUGCUCUUUUAGGCAAACAGUCGGAGUUUCUUGCCAAUCUUGAGUUUCGUAAUACGCUGCCUGAUAUUCCCUUUGAUACCAAGUUUGUGAAAUAUCCGCAUGAACCAGAACGACUGAUCAAGUACAAGCCCAAUACACUUGAGAUGGACUACACGUACGAGAUUCAUGAAGAGCCUAAUCUUGGAUUGACCAUCGACCUCAUUGACCCGGCCAAGUAUGAAGCACCGGCGGAACCUGAGCCACUGGAAGUUGGUGACGAACAGGUAUUGAUGAUGAAGGAAGACCAUGUUGGCCUCAAGGGUCGAUCGAAAGUCCGUCCAACGGUCUCUUGGCUACGACGUACUGAGUACAUGGGCAACGAUUUGUACGACUCGGUGCAUAAGUUCAAAAGCGAGGCAGAAAUUCAGAAUGUACUGCGCGAAGGCACAGAGAACGCUUUGGCUGAAGUGGUGUCGGUCACAUUAGAAGAUCGUGCUGAAGCUUCCUUCCGCGACAUCAAGGAUCCGAAGCUUUUGGUGCACCCGCACAACAAGACGAAGAAAAUCACCAAGGCGUGGGAUGUCUUCCCAGAUCAGCUUUUGUCUGCCAACAAAUAUGCUAUUCUUUCAUACGAUAUGCUACCUUCCGAAGAUAUUAAAAGCAAGGGAAUUACUAAUCGCGAGGAACGCGCUUUGUUGUGUGGAGUGAACAAAAAAAUUCAAGCUGGCAAUGAGCUUAUUCAGGGCUCUAUCUUGUUGCCUAACACAUCUACAGAAGAGGAGAAGAGUACUGAUCGUGAAAAGUUUUCGUGUCUCCGAGAAUAUCUGAUGUCUGUGGAACCGCUUGAUAGCAGAGAUUCGCAGCAUGUUGUAUUCAUGCUAGACCCUGAGUCCGAUCAGUUCACGUACAGUGAUGUUCUCAACCGCAUUCAGCUACGAAAGAAAAAGAUGAGCGGAGAAGAAAAGCGCCGCCAUGGAGCUGUUGUGUAUCGCCGAGAAUUUUCUGAAGGCGAAAUGGAUCGUCGCACCCAGAUUCUUUUCGACUGCGGAGGAGUCUACGAUGAUCAGCUUGACGAUAAAGAAAGUGUGCGUGAGUUUAAGCGCCGGUGGGCAGAAGAGAGACACACGCCGUUUCCUUCUGAUGACGAAGGAAUAAAGGCCAAGACACCUUUGCAUGAUGAAACGUCGCUUGAGAAGCCAGACAUUUCUGCUGCAAAAAGUGAUGGCAGCGAUAGUCCGAUUCCGCAUAAUGCCGGCAGUGCUAGCCCAGUGAUCAGCGACAGCGAUAGCGAUUAG